UUCUCCCAUCUCUUGUCGCUCUCUUGCUAUCGCCCGCUUUCUCCGCGGCUGCGAAGAGUGCCUGAUAGAGCUGCGGAGGCCACCGGAGGUAUUCCAAAUCGCUAGAGUAUUUCAGGUAGGAGGUUACUGAAGGCUUCAUCAUAUGCCCUUUCCGACCAGCCGCUUCCGACGGCCAACGCCAGACUGUGUCGAACCCAAUCUUCCGAGGUUCUGGUGCUCGUUCUCUUCAUCUCGCCCUAGAAAUGGGAAUAUCCACCUUAAGUGCUCGCUAAGUAGUCGAGGGUUUUCGAAAUUGCUAAGGUUUUAGGGUUUGGCACCGGGGAGGUCGCUGAAGACGUACAACGGCCUGCGUCGGAGAGUAUUCGUCAUAACUCGUCCGAGCUUCUGGCGCUCAUAGUCUUCAUCUCGCCCUAGAAAUGGAAAUAUCCACCUUUGCUGCUCGCCGCCUCGGUCACCCUGUUGAGUGCAAGCUCCCAGAGCAGUGGCUUUCACAACUACGAUCAGCACGUAGGUGCCUCAAAUGCAAUCUUCGAUUGACCGGAGGCCUCCGUGGCGGACCACGAGUUUCAUUAUCCUCCAACAAAACUGUUGGUCUGCGCCCUUCGAGGAGUUCCGUUUUGUUCUGCUCUUUAGACAAAGACAUGAUGCCAGCCCCACCGUUGGAGGCUGAAAAAAGGCCUCUUUUGGUGAAGAUCGAUGUUGAAGCUGAUAAUCUUCUUGGGCCAAAUGGGAAAGAUUCUGCACUUGAGGCAGCCUCUGAGAAGAUUGUAUCCAAGAGGUUCAACAAUAGGUUCUUGAACUUAACUCGACUUGGCUCUAUAAUCAAUGAUGCAGCAGAAUCCUUCUUCAAAAGCGAGAUCAGAAGAAGACUCUUUGUGACGGCUGUGCUGAUCAUUGCAAGCCGUCUGGGCUACUUCAUUCCUCUUCCUGGAUUUGAUCGUAGGUUGAUUCCAGACACAUAUCUUAGCUUUGCUGCUGGAUCGACAGAUGAGCUUGGCGACUUUACUGGUGAACUGAAGUUAUCGCUUUUCCAACUUGGAUUGGGUCCCCAGAUUUCAGCUUCAAUUCUUAUGCAGGUUCUCUGCCAUGUUGUUCCUUCCCUGGUAAAGCUACGGAAGGAAGGUUUGGAUGGUCAUGAGAAGAUUAAAAGCUAUAUAUGGUGGACCUCAUUGGGGUUUGCAAUCCUAGGGGCUGUUAUGGUUGCUUCUUAUUCACUGCAAUAUUCAAUCUAUGCUGCUAGUAGCAGGGUCAAGCAUGUUAUGGUUACAAGCUUCCUGUUAGUUCUUGGUGCAAUGUCUAUGACAUGGAUUUGUGAUACGAUAUCAGAAUCUGGAUUUGGUCAUGGUUCAUCACUAAUAAUCUGCGUUAGCAUAUUGACUGGUUAUACUGAGACACUGCACAAGAUGCUGUCUCAAUUAUCUGGGAACAUAUUGAAUUGGUGGCCCUACAUAUUUUCUGUUCUUGGGAUUUUCACAGUGGUGACUAUGUGGGCUGUUCUAGUUACUGAAGGUUGUAGGAAGAUCAAGCUACAAUAUUAUGGUUUUAAACUUGCUUCUUCAACAAGAAAUGGCGGGUCCCCAGUUACCGAGGUGGAGCCAUACAUACCUUUCAAUAUUAAUCCUACUGGAAUGCAGCCUGUUCUUACUACCACAUAUCUGUUGGCUUUUCCAAGUAUUAUGGCAAGCAUCUUUGGCUCACCAUUUUGGGAAAAUUUGAAAGAGAUACUAAACCCUGGGACUUCUGUUGGUGCAAGACCAUGGAUUUAUUAUACAAUUUAUGCUUUUUGUGUCUUUUUGUUCAACAUAUUUGACAUUGCAAACUUACCAAAAGAAAUUGCUGAUUACAUGACAAAGAUGGGGGCCAGGAUACCGAACAUUAAACCUGGAAAAGCAACCAUAGAGUAUUUGACAAAAAUCCAAACUUCAACUCGAUUUUGGGGAGGAUUGUUAUUGAGUGUGUUGGCUACAUCUUCUACCUUGCUUGAUCACUAUUUACGUCGUAUCAAUGAGGGAUUUGCUGUUGGGCUUACAUCAGUUUUAAUAAUUGUAGGAUCAAUUAUAGAAUUGAGAAGAUCAUAUCAGGCAUAUAAUGUGAUGCCAGCUCUGAGCAAGGUUUUAAGAAGAUAUGGUAUUUAAUUUCUCAAAGCAUAAAUGCAUCUCAAUGAGUAAAACCAGGGGCAUUGGAUCAUAAUGGUUCUGCUCGAGUAUUGCAAAGACAUUACAAAGAUUUUAUGGCAUUGCACAAGUGGUAGAGCUUCAUGAUGCUGUAAAAGAGGGAUGUCAUCAGGAUUGAUUGCCCGUAAAGGCUGGAAUCAACAAUGAGAUUGAAUACUUGAUGAAAAAAACAUCUGCUGAAUGAUUAAUAGGGAUAGCAUUUCAUCAAUAUAUGAUCUAAGCAGAAACAUGGAGUUACCAGUGUCGCAUGAGUCUUGUCGGGGAUCGCUUCAUUAGUUUCCUCCGCAAUCAUCGACUGUUGAAUCUGUCAGCAUGGAUCUUAUUUUGCAUGGAAAGUUGUAUUAGUUUCAACUACUUGUGAUUUAGUUUCAACAUGUUUUGCAGGUCAAGAUAAUUUCCUUCACCGUUGUAAGCUACCAGAAUGUCUCAGCAUGUUUAGUAGUAAUCAAGUAUCUUUUUUUCGUCGCCA